UUAGUGCAGUUUCAGCUGCCCUCGUUAACUUCAUUUGCUUCUGGUUCUCUUUCAACUCUCUUUUUCCUCUCUCUAUCUAUCUCCCCGCGCCGCCGCCCAUACCGGCGGCCACCGCGUCCCGCCGUCGGCUUUUCCGACCAUUUAUCUCUUAUCAUCCUUCCCUCUCCUCCACUAUCCCUUACCCAGAAAAUUAAAAAAUUAAAAAAUUAACGAAGCAAAACAAAAGAGAGGUUUUUUCGGUGUGUACUUUAUCAAACAGUUUUGUGUGUGUUUUUAUCUAGGGAUUUAUCUCGUAUCUUUAUCUUGAGUUCUUCCUAGGGUUUGAUUCUGAAUAAUUUGAGGAGAGGGAAGAAAAAAAAACAAAAAAUUUGAAAAAGUUCUUAAAAAAUAUAGAGACAAAAAAAAAGUAGAAAGUUGAGUUUUGUUUUGGAUUUAGAGAUGGCCCAAGUUCAGGUUCAGCCUCAGAAUGCGGCUCCCGGAGCUAACGCUGGUGCGGCCAAUGGUGGGAACAACCAAUUCGUGACCACGUCGCUGUAUGUUGGAGAUCUUGACCAAAGUGUCACGGAUCCACAGCUCUAUGACCUGUUUAACCAGAUGGGUCAGGUGGUUUCAGUUAGGGUUUGCAGGGACUUGACCAGCCGAAGAUCACUUGGUUAUGGAUAUGUCAAUUAUAGCAACCCCCAAGAUGUCCUUAUUUGUUCUUACAAAUUUAGUUGAAUUGAUGACAGCUGCGAGGGCUUUGGAAAUGCUGAACUUUUCUCUUUUAAAUGGAAGGCCAAUUAGGGUUAUGUACUCUCACCGUGAUCCUAGUAUUCGCAAAAGUGGGGCUGGCAAUAUUUUUAUUAAGAAUUUGGACAAGGGCAUUGAUCACAAAGCUCUUCAUGAAACAUUUUCAGCAUUUGGGAACAUCCUUUCUUGUAAGGUGGCUACAGACUCAUCUGGUCAAUCUAAGGGCUAUGGAUUUGUUCAGUUUGACACUGAGGAAGCUGCCCAAAAAGCUAUAGAGAAGUUGAAUGGUAUGCUUUUAAAUGAUAAGCAAGUUUUUGUGGGGCCCUUCCUCCGCAAGCAGGAAAGAGAAAGUUCAACUGAUAAGUCAAAGUUCAACAAUGUUUUUGUAAAGAAUCUAUCUGAAUCGACAAAUGAGGAUGACUUGAAUAGAAUUUUUGGUGAGUAUGGAGAAAUUACUAGCGUGGUGGUGAUGAGGGAUGCAGAUGGGAAAUCAAGGUGCUUUGGGUUUGUCAACUUUGAGAAUGUAGAUGAUGCUAUGAGAGCUGUUGAGUCUUUGAAUGGGAAGAAAAUUGAUGAUAAGGAGUGGUAUGUUGGUAAAGCCCAGAAAAAAUCUGAAAGGGAAGUUGAACUGAAAGUCAAAUUUGAACAGAGUAUGAAAGAGGCAUCUGACAAAUAUCAAGGAGCAAACCUGUAUGUUAAAAAUUUAGAUGAUACUAUCAGUGAUGAAAAACUUAAGGAGCUAUUCUCCCAAUUUGGUACAAUUACCUCAUGCAAGGUUAUGCGAGACCCAAAUGGAAUAAGCAGGGGAUCAGGGUUUGUUGCAUUCUCUACACCUGAAGAGGCAUCUCGAGCACUCUUGGAGAUGAAUGGAAAGAUGAUUGUUAGCAAACCUCUAUAUGUUGCACUUGCGCAACGAAAAGAAGAUAGGAGAGCUAGGUUGCAGGCUCAGUUUUCUCAGAUGCGGCCUGUUGCUAUGGCACCUUCAGUUGCUCCUCGUAUGCCAAUGUACCCUCCUGGUGGUCCAGGUCUUGGACAACAAAUAUUCUAUGGUCAAGGCCCACCUGCUAUUAUUCCUUCUCAGCCUGGAUUUGGGUAUCAGCAGCAACUUGUUCCUGGUAUGAGGCCUGGUGGGGCAACAAUGCCAAAUUUCUUUAUGCCAAUGGUUCAGCAAGGACAGCAAGGGCAGCGCCCUGGUGGCAGACGUGGUGGAGCUGUCCAGCAAAACCAGCAACCAGUUCCAUUAAUGCAACAACAGCAGAUGCUUUCAAGAGGGCGAGUUUAUCGUUACCCUCCGGGCCGUGGCCUGCCUGAUGUCCCUAUGCCUGGUGUUGCUGGAGGAAUGUUUUCUGUUCCAUUUGACAUGAAUAGUGGUGUGCCAAUGCGUGAUACAGCUCUGUCUCAGCCAAUUCCAAUCGGGGCAUUGGCUACAGCCCUUGCAAAUGCUUCCCCAGAGCAGCAAAGAACCAUGCUGGGCGAGAAUCUUUACCCACUCGUGGAACAGCUGGAACCUGAUAAUGCCGCUAAGGUCACAGGCAUGCUUCUGGAGAUGGAUCAAACUGAGGUUCUGCAUCUGCUCGAGUCACCAGAAGCCUUGAAAGCUAAAGUAGCAGAGGCCAUGGAGGUUCUAAGAACAGUUGCACAGCAGCAGCAGGCCGGCAAUGCAGCUGAUCAACUGUCCUCGUUGUCUCUUACAGACAACCUUGUUUCCUGAAAAUGUAUUUUGGGGAAAAAUUGUUCUCUUAAAAAACCUCGUGGACUAGACGCUGUUGCGGUUGUGGGUUUUUAGUGGUUAGGAUAGACGCAGAUUUUGGUUUGUUCUGAGAGCUUCUAAAUUUCUCGUCCGGAUUGUGACAUUACGUUUUUACUUCUUCAUGCAUAUCUAUUGCAUAAAUGUUUUGAGUGGUGGUGCUAA